AUGAGCGCCUGCGAACGCGAAUUCCUCGCGGCCUUCACAUCACUCUACCUCUCCGCGCAAACCAUCGGCAACUCCACGCUCCUUACAAACUACAUGCUCCAAAACUUCACCUACACCGAGAACUUCAAACCCGCAAAUCUCUCCGCCGCAACAUCCAUCAUCAACACGCCCCUCAACAGCACCAACUCGCGCGUCUUCCUAGACCCGUAUCUCUGCAGCGCAUUCACCGAGAUCAUCGUGGCAGAGUCAAGCCACCCGUAUGUUCUCGGCGUGCGCGUAGAGGGUAACGGCAAGUUUGUGACCAAGAUGGAGACGCUGGUUAGUGAUGAGGGAGAUUGGCUGUUCAAUGCUACGGGCACGGCGUACUGGAAUGCGAUGCAAGAUUGGUCGCCUAUUCCGCUUGCGGAUCAGGAUACCCGCGAGGUUAUCAAGGCGGCCGGCGAUGCGUACUUCGACCGUUUUGGCAACGUUAAUGUUACUAUCCCGUUUGGUACACCUUGUGCCAGGCUCGAGGGAGGAUCGCCGAGCCAGCGAGAUACCGGCGCCGGAUAG